AUGGUUAACGAGAGCCUCACAUACAAUGAUUAUCUCGCCAAUCCUUCAAAUCCUUUAUUUCUUCAUGCCAACGAAUCACCAUCACAAACAUUAGUUUCACAACCCCUAAAUGAACGAAAUUAUCAUUCAUGGGCAAGAGCUAUGAAGCUCGCUCUUCUUUCUAAAUACAAGCUCAAGCUUGUAGAUGGAAGUAUUCCUUCUCCGUCACCAACAGAUUCGUACUAUGGAGCGUGGGAGCGAUGCAACAAUAUGGUUCUUGCUUGGAUUCAUAGAUCCAUUGAUGAUUCUAUUCUACAAUCCAUUCUCUGGAUUGAUCAAGCAUCAGAGGUUUGGCAAGAUCUUAAGGAUCGCUUUUCUCAAGCAAAUAUGUUUAGGGUUUUCGAUCUCCAAGAAGAGAUUUUUUGCCUCCAACAAGGCACCCUCACUGUUAGUCAAUAUUUCAAUCAAUUAAAAGGUCUAUGUGAUGAAUUUGAAAAUUACAGACCUGUUCUCCAUUGCAAGUGUUCGAUACCCUGCACGUGUGAAGCCAUCCAAGCUUAUAAAAAAUACAGAGAUCAAGACUGUGUUAUUCGUUUCCUCAAAGGGUUAAACGAGCAAUUUUCGCAUGUCAAAUCCCAGAUUAUGUUUCUAGAUCCCCUUCCUCCAAUAAACAAGGUUUUCUCUUUGAUUGUCCAACAAGAGAGGCAGAUGGCUACUAUAGAAAUGACUGAGUUAUCAUCUGAUGCGAAAACUUUUGCUGUCAACACUGAUCAAUAUAUUGGUCUUGGAAGAGGUCUUGUUGUUAAUCCAAACCAAUAUUUUGGAUAUGGUAGAGUUCGCGAAAAUAGAGGUAGGGGUCAUACCACUACAGGAUGA